AGUUUUAUUUUAAGUUCUUAGUUUCAGAAAAAUGUUAGGAGAGCUUACAGCUGGACGCGGACGGUUACGACCGACUAAGACAAGGAUAACGACGGCGGACGGUCGGGUUUUUAUCCAAGAUGGCGAUAGAAUAGAUCAGAAAAUUUGGAAUACAGCGAAUACUAAAUGUUGGAAGUGGGAUAGAGAACUUAUUCCCUGAAGAAUUCCUUUACUCGAAUAUAGAAAUACUUGAUGUACCUGAAUUCAACAUUGUACCAGAUUUAAAGGUGUGCGCUGAUAUUCUUGAGAAAAGUAGAAAAUCUGGAGAAAGAUGUUUCGUACAUUGUAAUGCAGGGGUAAGCCGAGCCCCUACAGUAGUUAUCGGAUACUUAGUUCUCAAGCAAAGUAUGGAUUUCACCUCAGCUCUAGAAAUGGUCAAACAGGCUAGAACCUGUGCCAAACCAAACCAGGGAUUUAUGAAUCAAUUAAUGCAACUAAAAUAAAAGAAUUCCCAAAGUUGCAUUAAAAUGUACGCCAGCUAAUGGUAGAAGAACCAGAGGAUGACCAAAAACCACCUGGCGGAGAACUAUGAAAACGUAUCUAGAGAAACUUGGCCUUUCUAUUGGAGAGGCUGAAACUGUUGCUCAAGACCGAAGAAGGUGGAUGAGCUUACUGGGUCAGUAAGAAAGUAAUGCAACUAAAGCUCUCUGACUAAAUUACUCUCUCAAAUUAAUAGUAUGCACAAAAUGCACAAAAUGUUUGUUUGUGUUUGCGACUCCAGGGUACUUCAAGUAGAAGUUUAGCGGAGUACUCUGGUUUAUAUUGGAUUAAAAUUAUCCAAUGAACCAUGAACAAACCAUGGAUGUGGUGCUAAAAG